UGACCUCACGUCGGGUGAAUAUAAAACAGGACCAGAUGAACCGGUAUACUAACUGUUGAAAUAUCGCCGGUCAGCGAGCAUCAAGCCACCAUGAGGGAAAUUGUGCACAUGCAGAUUGGCCAGUGUGGUAAUCAAAUAGGCGCAAAGUUUUUGGAGGUGAUUUCCGAUGAACACGGGAUAGACCCCACUGGGAAGUACGUUGGCGACAAUGACCAGCAGUUGGAGCGCAUUAAUGUCUACUACAACGAGGCACAAGGCGGUAAUUACGUCCCAAGAUGUGUCCUCGUCGACCUUGAACCUGGAUGUUUGGACACGGUGCGAUCAGGUCCACUGGGAAGGAUGUACAGGCCUGACAACUUCGUCUUUGGUCAGAAUGGCGCGGGCAACAACUGGGCAAAGGGUUUCUACACAGAAGGAGCAGAGAUCGUCGAAAACGUAGUAGAAGUCGUACGAAAGGAAUCAGAAAGCUGUGACUGCCUUCAAGGCUUCCAGAUGGCGCAUUCGAUCGGAGGAGGUACGGGAGCAGGUCUCGGGACACUGCUGCUGAGCAAGCUUCGGGAGGAGUACCCGGAUAGAAUAUUCACAACCUUCUCCGUCGUGCCGUCGCCGAAGGUAUCAGAAGUUGUGGUUGAGCCUUACAAUGCUACCUUGUCGGUCCACCAGCUUUUGGAAAGCACGGAUGAGACAUUCAUCAUCGACAACGAGGCACUUUACGACAUCUGCUUCCGGACCCUUAAGCUUAAGGAACCGACGUACGCCGAUCUUAACCACUUGGUCUCCCUCACGAUGUCGGGGAUAACGUCUUGCGUACGAUUCCCCGGUCAGCUAAACGCGGACUUGAGAAAGCUCGCAACAAAUUUGGUGCCGUUUCCAAGAUUGCAUUUCUUCAUGCCAGGGUAUGCGCCAUUGACAUCAAGAGGGAGUCGUGAAUACAGAUCUCUUUCCGUCCCUGAGAUAGUCCAGCAAAUGUUCGAUUCGAAAAACAUGAUGGCGGCGUGCGAUCCGCGUCACGGGCGCUAUCUGACGGCGGCUGCGCUGUUCCGCGGGCGCAUGUCCAUGAAAGAAGUCGACGAACAAAUCCUAAACGUACAGAAUAAAAACAAUCAAUACUUCGUGGAAUGGAUCCCGAAUAACAUCAUAGCGUCUGUCUGCGACAUCGCACCGAGGGAUCAGAAGGUGACGGGUACGUUCAUUGGGAACAACACGGCCAUCCAGGAGCUUUUCAAGCGUAUUGGAGAGCAAUUUACGGUCAUGUUCCGACGGAAGGGGUUCGUACAUUGGUACACAGAUGAGGGGAUGGACCUGCAGGAAUUUACUGAGGCCGAGGCAAAUAUAAACGACUUGGUAUCGGAGUAUCAACAGUACCAGGACGCAUCAGUGGACGAUGUGGAGGCUGAAGAGGGCGAGGAGGAAGAGGUGGAGGAGACAGCGGACUAAUUAUAAUCACCACCUGCAAUCUCCCAACGGGAGAAUAACUAGCAUUUGCUCCGUAGGACAAAAGUACGCUUAAUAGUAAACGGUGAUAUAGUCUAUCAGUAAGCAACCGUUAACAAUCGAGGCGAGGCGAGGCUUGGAGACUACACCACGUGUUAUGACUUGGGACUAGACUAGAGCAUUCACGGAGCCAAGAAUAAUUGCACAGUCGGUAUAUAUACAUAUAUACGGAUCAGCCUACACUACAGUGUCCAAUGAACAGACUAAUGUACUGAGUGCACGACGUCGGAAUGCAAUUUGAGCAUGUAAAGCAGUAGAACAACUGUGGGUCAUACCAAAAAACAUAUUUGGUCAUACCUAUGUGAAAUAAUUGACUUUAAAAUAGCUCCUUUCGUUCGAAGGGGGGGGGGGGCACCAUACCCGUCGUUCACCCAUGAGUUGUUGCUUCAUGGGACAUAAUUUUCUUUUAGACUGCGAUAAUGACAAAGCUUGUAAAAUCGGUCAAGUGGUAUAGACCAACCGUUGCAACGAGAUGACUGUAUGAUGUCUAUACAAUAAGAGACCUAAGAGAGGACCUGGAGAUUGGCCACGCGUAAGCCUACGUGUUGCACUAUGUUUGUUGCGAAAGAAUUGCGGAAGUCAUCGAUUAUAGGGGGUGACAAUAAGGGUUUUAAGUUCUGAUCACCCAAUUCUCCCAACAACAGCACGUGGUAGAAUGUCAAGGUCAAACUGUCCAGGAGUAAACUCAUUUUCUGGGUCAUGAACUCAUUCCCAGAAUUAGUUCAGAUAAGAGAUAACAUCAACAUAUACUUGGGCACUGUUUGUGAUGAUAGGGGGGGGGGGGGGGGGUCAGUGAUAAAAAAAGACUUGCCACCAAAUACAACAAAGUGAUUAACUAGAUUGCGGUUGACAUUGGCGUUUGUUGGAGAGGGGGGGGGGGGGGAUAAAACUAAAGCCGAUUGCUAAUCACUCGGUGGCAUAUAUAUAAAGAUAGUUGUCAAAAGGGCACUUCACCAGUCAGGGGAGGGAGAAUGGUGUACACACAUCUCUAUUUUGCUGACAUUAACUGAGUUGUGGUUGAGAUGGUGUUCUUGGUGGGGGGGUCCCUUGAUUUGUAGCUUACAUGCUCUUCUAGGGUGCAAAUUUCAUUCAAGGCUGAUACAAGUACAUUACAUGCAAUUAUAUACUCCUGGUGAUAAUUACAAGAGAGUAUAAUAUCAUGUUGUAAAGGCAAAGGAAAUGUGGAGCCAAAAAUGUAAAAUGCGGGAAAAUAUGCAUGAGGAUAUUAAGGAAAAGGUACUUGCCUGUCACAUUAUGAUGUUGCGUCUUUUUAAGGAUCCUGUAGAUCUCCUUGACCCCCGAGCCAUUUUAGCGAUUUCAAAAUAUUCAGGAGUGUUUGUGUUUCUGUGUUUCAUGUAAGAAUAAACACGGAAAUUACGAUCGUGGAAAACAUCAUAUAGCUCUCGGUUGGGAGUUGUCGCUUUUAUAACAAAAUUAAGAAAGAGCUCCGCACGGGCGUCUCCCUUUAAAUACCUACACACCUAUACGCCAUUUGAUUUGAGUGAGUGAUCUUCAGCUGUCUAUACUCUCAUACCGCAGUAAUUUUGAACAAUGAGUCGAGCGAAGCUUCGGCAUAUAAGCUUACAUGUUAUUUCAAAAUUCAUUAAAUUCAACCUGCUUGUGUUAUUGGCCUGGGUAAGACUAUUCAAGAGUUUCUCAUCUAAAUAUAUUUUUGUGUCACUUGCAAAGGGUCACUUGUGAUUUGUCAUUUGAAUUGAAAGUAACUCGCCUAGAAUAAAUUUAAAGGCCCGUCCUCCUCAGUCAGGUAUGGAAUCUAUUACGCCAGCGUUUUUCUACUUGCGAUAGGGCAUUUGAAUAGCAUAACACGAUCAAAUCAUGUAACGAAUACAUUUACGGCAUCGAUUGAAUUGUGAAUCAGUCGUGAUGAUAUAUUUAUUAUGUACUUCAAA